AUGGCGAUGGCAUCUACCUCCAGUGAAAUGGUUGGUGCGAGUGGUCGUUGCUAUGUAUUUCAUCAGUUGAUUCAAGAAAGAGAGCACCUGGGACGCCUCUGGUUGGCAACAUCUGGGCAUGACAAAUUUAUCCUAAAGGAUAUUCCCGAAAACAUUUUCUCGGCUUUCAACGAAGAUAUAGGUCCUAGCCUUCCCAAAACCUCCUAUCUACGUCUACCGUUAGACACCAUUGCAGAACAACGCAUAUUUGUCUACAAAUACCUGACCGACGACUUCUUGAGCCUGGUUUCGAAGCAAAUCCCAGUUCGAACCGCGAAGCACAUCCUCAAGUCCACUCUGCGAGGGAUUGCCGAACUGCAUGACCAAGAUAUUGUCCAUUUGGAUAUCAAGCCUGACAAUAUUAUGGUAGACUGCUGUUACGUCGAUCAAGUACUCACAAUCGAAGAGGUGCAGAUCAUUGAUUUCGAGAAUGCGUGCUACCUACCAAAAUCUAGGAACAUCAAAGGGAUGCUGGCUGGCAACGAUAAUUGGCGAAGUCCAGCCGCCCAUGUCCGGGGUGCUCUCAACAAGCCGACAGACAUAUUCUCUUUUGGCGUGGUGUAUAUCUUUGCUAUGUUUGGGCGUGUGAUCGUUGGCCGCGAUGACGAUUUUCAAAAACAUGAAGAACUGGAUGCACUGCCUGCUAUGAUCCGCCUGUAG